UUUCCUGCAUCGCCUGAGCCGCUGUGAUUUCUUCCGGGUUUGAGACUUGUUUGUUUUGAUUGGGUGUAUCGGCCCAACAUUACAGAACGUGUGCAGCUGUGACCGCGUUUGUGAUCCGCACGCGGCGAGGCGGCUGACGGGACGAUGUUUCGUGUGCACUUCCACACUUGUGCGGCCCGGUGAAAGCGGCGAAGGGACCCGUAGGGUUGAAUCUAUCCGGACUCGAGACACCUGUUGCUUCAACUUUGGACGCGGAAGGAACACAGGCUGGCCCUCCAACGGACGUUUCCCAUCCCCUGUAUCUGAUAUUUCCAAGAGUACAUUUCUUUCGCAAUUAUGAAGGUCACGGUGACUUUUGGGGACACAGCCGUGGUGGUUCCGUGUAAACCCGAAUGGACUGUCCGGGAUUUAAUCGACCAGUCCACGCGAAGAUACCGUAGGAUUUUUGAUCAGCAUGGGAGUGCCAUUAAAACCCUUCACCUGGAGUACACAGAUGGAGGCAUCCUGGAUAUGGAUGACCUGCUGACGGACCUAGUGGAUGAUAAGGACAAGCUGGUGGCGCUGUUUGAAGUGCAGCGUGGGAUGGCAGACAGCCCCAGGGAGAGCAUCUCGAAUGGCGAUUCCAGUGAUGCACCCAGUCCAGAGCCCCUGAGAUACUAUUCAAACACGCAGCUCCAGGAGCCAAUCAGAGGAGAGAUCGAAGUUAACGAGGCCGUUCUCAAAGCCAGCACGCCCCUUUUGGUGAGGAGCAGCAGUGACUCAGUAUUGGCUCCACCCGUUGAGAUGAGCACGACAUCAACACGUUAUGAUCGAACCAAUGAAGCCUCCAAAAUGGAAAUCAACCAUGCGCUGAAGGGAGGUCCCAAAAAUCUCACCAAGAUGAACCAGAUUACAUUUAGCGCUCUCACAAGGACGGUCAACUUGCUGGGGGAUCGCGGGCCCCUGGGUAUCGAAGUCAUGCCCUACUGCUCCUCUCUCAGUGGAAGGAUGUUGGGCCUCCACAUUAAAAACAUUGAGGACACCAGUCGCACCAAGAUAGAGAAUAUUUUCCAAGAGGAUGAAUGUAUCGUCCAAAUUAAUGGGAUAAGCCUCCAGGACAAGCCCUUUGCAGAUUCACAGGAAGUGUUCCGCCAGGCUUUGUCAUCCCCUUCUAUGCAGUUGGAAGUUGUCCCUGUUGCCAACAAACCACGCUACGAGAAGGGCCUGAUCGGUCACCUCUUCAGUGGCGACAGCAAAGACUUGAAAGUGAAGAGUCCAGUUGUGGCUCGUGAUAAAAUAGAUCUCCAACCCAUGGCCAAACAAGAUCCCAAACCCAAAGAAAGCUUAAGACAUCAAACUACAGGUGCCAAAACACCAGAGCCAACUCUGCUUAACCCAACGGCAACUCCUGUGAACCCACUUUCAGCAGAUUCUCAGUAUGGCAACUCCCAGUCAGAAAUAAUUUCUCCCACACCUCAAGUACCACCAAAAGCUAGCAUUUCCCCCCCAUGGAGCCGCAGGCAGAGCCCUCCGGCCAGUCAGAGAUCCGGUGUGCCGGGCCCAGCCAACCUUACAAACAAGAAAAGUGGCAAGAGAAUCAAAAUCGACCUGACGAAAGGUGCAGAAGGUCUGGGCUUCACUGUGGUCACUCGGGACUCGACUUCUAGUGGGCCUGGACCAAUUCUGGUGAAGAAUAUACUGCAGCGCGGUGCAGCAAUCAAAGAUGGGCGCCUGCAGCCCGGUGACCGCAUCCUUGAGGUGAACGGAAUGGACAUGACGGGCCGCAGCCAAGAGGAACUUGUGGCCAUGCUGCGCAGUACCAAACAGGGAGAAAGUGUUUGUGUGAUAGUGGCCCGACAGGAGGACGUCUUCCUGCCACGGGAACUGAAAGGUGAAGAUGCUGGAAAUCUGGUGUUGGAGGACGGCAGGGAGCAGCUGAUGUAUGAAGUGCCACUGAACGAGACGGGUUCCGCCGGCCUUGGAGUCAGCUUGAAGGGCAACAAGUCUAGAGAGACUGGCGAGGACUUGGGCAUUUUCAUCAAGUCCAUAAUCCAUGGAGGCGCUGCCUACAAGGACGGCCGGCUGAGAGUAAAUGACCAGCUGAUUGCGGUCAAUGGUGAAGCGCUGCUUGGACUGUCCAACCAUGCCGCCAUGGAGACGCUGAGGCGCUCCAUGUCGUCGGAGGGCAACGCCCGGGGCACCAUCCAGCUUGUGGUGCUGCGAGCAUCCAGAGUUGAGGGACAGUCCAAUGCCAUGAACGCCGCCACCAAUCGAGCCACCCUUCAUCAGUCUUCCGACAAUCAGGAGCCUCAGCGCCACCGGGCCUACCAGGAGGCUUCUCGACCCUCUGGGCUCAACGGCGGCAGUCUCGCUGACAAGUAUUUGUAUGGUGGGGCCGGCAAUGGUCCAUAUCCUGAUGCAACCACCAAUGGCAACCAUAGUCUCUAUGGCAACAAUCAGGAAGAUUCCAAGGAAGGUUUCCACCAGGCGCCUUCCAUGGGUACAAGGAAGGAAAUGAGUCGAGACCCAGCUGUCAUUCUCUCUCACUUCAGGGAGCGUUUCCCGGAUGCCCGAAAGGCCAGCUACAGAGACAGCAAAACUCGAAAUCGAGAAUCCAAAAGCAUGGACAUGGUGGCGGAUGAGAGUAAUGUGAGAUCGCUGGCCGGACAUAGAAAGGAGCCCGCUGCUGGUGGAGCACUGGGCCCAACCCUUGGCCUGUGGAAGUCCAGCUCCCUCGAAAGUCUCCAGUCAGCCAUGUCGGAGGUCCAGCAGAAUGACAUAAAGGCCCAGGUCCCAUUUCACCGGCCACGGCCACACAUGGUGCGGGGACGCGGUUGCAACCAAAGUUUCCGUAUUGCCAUUGACAAGUCUUAUGAAGGACCUUCUGAAGAUGAUGACUACCCAUCUGAUUUGAGCUCCGGUCAUGAAACACCGGUCAGCAGCUCCUCACGCCAGGACCUGGAUGUUGAAGAUUUGAAAAUGCAGAAAAAAGUCAGCGGGAGGAAGCAAGCGAAAAAGAGCAAAGGGAAGAAGAGAAGUGAGGAUGCUACAGAUGAUAUGGAGAAGAAGUCCAGAAAAAAAGGUUUUGCACUUUUGAGGUUUGGGAAGAAGAAAGAUGACAAGAGCAAAGAUGCAGCAAAAGUGGCCAAAAACAAACUGGAAGCCUGGAGUGAGGAGGAGUUUGACAGGUUUCCUGACAUCAGAGAGAGAAACUAUGAUUCCCGGUAUGCUGAAAUCGACGUUGGCCAGCUCACCCCCGGCCCACGCUCCCUCCCUGAUGUGGCGGACGAUGACAAUGACCCCAACUACGCCCAGGUUAGCAACUUCCUCCAGCCAAGUUCGCUGCCGCUGAUGGGCCGUACACCUUCUCCUGCAACUCCCGUCAACGUGGAGACUAAACAGCCUCAUGGCUCUGCUGAUGAGUUGGAGGGUCUCUAUGCCAAGGUCAACAAGUCCAGGCAACAACCUGCACAAAGGGAUGAGUGGUCCCAGGGGAUGCGGCGGGAGUACCCUCGGGCUGCUCCAGGCUAUGAGGAGUUGGACACGGCGCGACGUAGAGUGCUGGAGAACGACCCGCAGCGGGUGGCACCCAGAAGUGACGAAUCCCGACAUUUGCACCUGUACGAGGAAUUGGACGGUCCCACACACGCUAGGAGGGACCCAUAUGAUUACCCGAGCCACUCCAGAUCUGCGCACAGAAAGCCCGUUCACUACCAAGAUCGCCACCGUGACAAAAGUCCGUCCGUCCAUCAGCCGGCGUCCUCCAGCCAACGUCACUACACAUCAUCUCCCCAUGCCGGACAGCAGUACCGUGCGGUCACGGGCCAGGACGCUCUUCCGUCCCCCGCGACCGGCCGCAAAGAACGCCACUACUAUGAGGCUGUAGGUAACGGGGGGGAUGGCUACCGGCAGGGCAGCCCAGGUCGUUACGCCAGCCCGGACCGCUAUGGCUACAGCGAAGACAGGCAGCCUGAUCCAAGACGGAAGAACCCUAUGAUAGGUGCUGUUUAAAUGAAAGUGUGUGUGUGUGCGUGUGUGUUGUUUUUUCCGUCUGUGAAUUAUUACCUGGAGAAACCAAACAGACUGCGCUGUACACUUACAAGCAUGUAGUUGUAUUUAAAAUCUUGUAAAUUGUAAAAUCUCGAGUAUUUAAGUGAAUGACGUAUAGAGCAAACUGUGCAGCAUUUUUGCAUCAAAUAUCUUUUUUUUUUUUUGUUCCUGACAAACUGGGCUUUACUGGGCAGGAGGAAGAGCACGAGCUCACCUCGACUCGCAGGAUGUCAGAAUCACAAUACAGGAAAAGGAAAUGAUUUCUUCUGCACGUAUUGCAAAUGAAAUGACUUCUUUGUCGUGAAAUUUUGAGGCGUUUCCAAUGAAAUGUAAAACGGUUGCUCAAGUGUCGACUGUAAAUAACUUUAUCCGCUGUACCUCUGUCAGUUGAUUUAACACGUUAAUUUUUAUACAAACAUUUUGCAUUAAUAAAUGUGGAAAUUCA